UGAUAUUAACAAAAAUUUGGUUACAGCACACUUAAGAAGAAGAGUUUAAAACGAAGAGAGAGAUUGAGGAGAGAAAGGAACCGUCUCAUUUAAGGUCAAAUCAACAACAAACAACAACGACACCAAAUCCUCGCCGGUGUUAUCUCUGCGCGUGUCAGAUUCCGGCGCAUCUUUUUUUUUAAUGCUCAAUCUGAUCGUCAGUUUUCGUCGGCGUUCGGCGGCGGUAGGUGACGGCGACGGUGACGGCGGUGGUGCAGUGAUUCCAUAUAUGAUAGAGCUAUAACAUUUCAUUUCGGUAACCGAUUAUGAAGAAAAACCUAAACAGCUAUAACAACAAGUCCAAGAGCAGCAGCAGCAAUGGCUUCCUUCCUAGUUCUUUCAGGAUCAUCUCGUCUUGCAUCAGGACCGUGUCUUCGAACGUGCGCUCCGCGGGAGCUUCCAUUGCCGGUUCGAUAUCCGGAGAUUCCGAUGAGCACCGCAAAGACCAGGUUCUAUGGGCUUGCUUUGACAGAUUAGAACUUGGCCCGUUUUGCUCCAAGCGUGUUCUGUUACUUGGUUACUCCAAUGGCUUUCAAGUCCUUGAUGUAGAAGAUGCUUCCAGUGUGAGUGAACUGGUGUCAAGGCGUGAUGGUCCAGUCACAUUUUUACAAAUGCAGCCCAUUCCUUCAAAAAUUGAAGGACAUGAAGGAUUCAGAAAAUCACAUCCCUUGCUCUUGGUUGUUGCAAGUGAUGAAACAAGAGGCUCAGUUCCAAUGCAGAAUGGGAGAGAUGGUUAUAUUGAAUCUCAAACAGGAAACUUUCUGAACUCGCCUACAGCUGUUCGGUUUUACUCAUUAAGGUCCCACAAUUAUGUUCAUGUUCUGAGAUUCCGAUCAACUGUUUAUAUGGUCAGGUGCAGUCCACGGAUAUUGGCUGUGGGUCUCGCAGCACAAAUAUACUGCUUUGAUGCACUCACGCUUGAGAAUAAAUUCAGUGUUCUUACAUAUCCCGUUCCUCAGUUGGGUGGCCCUGGAAUGGUUGGAGUUAACGUUGGCUAUGGUCCAAUGGCUGUGGGACCCAGGUGGUUAGCUUAUGCUACAAACAACCCAUUGUCAUUGAACACAGGACGCCUUAGUCCCCAAAGCCUUAGUCCUUCUCCAGGCAUUAGCCCUUCUACGUCACCUAGUAAUGGAAGUCUGAUGGCUCGGUAUGCCAUGGAAUCAAGUAAGCAGUUAGCUACCGGAAUAAUUAAUCUGGGUGAUAUGGGCUACAAAACUUUCUCUAAAUACUGUCAUGAGCUUUUUCCUGAUGGUUCUAGUUCUCCUGGCUCAACAAAUUCCAGCUGGAAAGUUGGUAGGAUGGCAGCACACUCAUCCGACGCAGAUAUUGCUGGGAUGGUUGUUAUUAAAGAUUUUGUAUCUAGAGCUGUUGUAUCACAAUUUAGGGCUCAUACUAGUCCGAUAUCUGCUCUUUGUUUUGACCCAAGUGGGACUCUUCUGGUUACUGCCUCUAUACAUGGGAACAAUAUAAAUAUCUUUCGGAUCAUGCCUUGCUUCUCGCAAAAUGGAUCUGGAACUCAAAGCUAUGAUUGGAGUUCUGCUCAUGUGCACCUUUACAAGCUCCAUCGUGGCAUGACUUCAGCUGUAAUACAAGACAUUUGUUUUAGUCAUUAUAGUCAAUGGAUUACUAUUGUUUCAUCCAGGGGAACCUGCCAUAUAUUUGUUCUAUCACCCUUUGGUGGUGAGGCUGGCCUUCAAAUACAAAAUUCUCAUGUUGAUGGGCCAACUCUUGUACCUGUUCUAUCCCUACCAUGGUGGUCUACUUCUUCUCUUAUGGUAGACCAGCAAUCGUCUCCUCCAUCACCACAACCUAUCACUCUCGGUGUGGUCAGCAGGAUAAGAACUGGUAAUUCUGGGUGGCUUAAUACUGUAAGUAAUGCUGCAUCUUCUGCAGCAGGAAAGGUCUCUGUACCAUCUGCUGCUGUUGCUGCAGUUUUUCACAGCUCUGUACAUCAUGAUUUACAACCCACUCUUUCAAAUGUAAAUUGUUUGGAGCACCUAUUAGUUUAUGCUCAUCCUGGAAAUGUAAUUCAAUAUGAACUUCUCCCUUCAAUGGUGGGAGAACAAGGUGAAUCUGUAUUGAGAAGUGGGACAGGUUCAUUGGUGCAAAUGCAAGAGGAGGAAUUACGGGUGAAAGGUGAACCUGUUCAGUGGUGGGAUGUCUGCCGCAGAGCAGAUUGGCCAGAAAGAGAGGAGUGCAUUCAUGGGAUUAGUGGCAGACAAGAAGCUGCAGAGAUGGUCAUGGAUACUUCUGAUUGUGAAGAUAAUGAUAUUGGGGGAAAGGGUCCGGGAAAGCUACAUGAACGAUCCCAUUGGUAUCUCUCCAAUGCAGAAGUGCAGGUGCAGACCGGGAGGAUACCCAUUUGGCAAAAUCCAAAGAUAUAUUUCUUUACUAUGAGUCCGCUGGGGGAUGAGAAGCUGAAUCUCAGUAAAGAUUAUACUAGUGGAGAGAUUCAAGUUGAAAAGAUUCCUGUUCACAAGGUUGAAAUAAGGCGAAAGGAUUUACUACCUGUUUUUGACCGUUUCCAAAGGAUUCAGUCCGAUUGGAGUGAUGACAGGGGUUCUGUGGGGGAGAGAUAUUCAGCUACAUCUUCCUAUUCUCAUGGUGGUGUUGUUGAGGGGGGAUAUUCAACUUCAUCUUCUAGUUACAGUAAUGGUAAAGAGAAGUUUCCAGAAGAUACUAUGGUUUCUAACUCUAAGCUGGACUCACCAGGCUCAGUUGAUAAUCCUGCUGUCGGGUCAUCAAGAACUACUGCACCUUUGCAUGACUUGGAUCAAAUUGAUGCGGGGAAGUCCUAUCCUCUUAAUUUCCCAACUGCAAAUGGGAGUGAUAGGGUAACGUGUGGGAAUGUUAAUUUAGCAUCAUCCCCACUGAAGCAAAGCUCGUUUAACAGUGGUUAUCCUGUAAUUUCUCGUGAACUAUAUCCAACUGUCACUUCUUCUGGUGAAGAAAGUUACAUUGUAAAUAGUCCAUCUUCUCCGAAAAGGGGCUCACUUUCUACUGAAAGAACUAUUGCCAGAGAAGUUCAAUCUUCAAAUAGUGUUGUGACCAGUGAAGGUUCAAAUACGAGUUCUAACCGUUCUGAUUUGAGUAUGAACAUUCUUGAUGAGGGGCCACUGCAUGAAGAAUUGCAUGACCCACUAUACUUUGGGCAGUAUUUUCAAGAGGGGUACUGUAAAGCAUCAAUUCAUGAUGAUUGCUGUGAAUCAACCGAAGUUCCUGAUGUUGACUGCAGAAGUAGUCCUUGCAACAAGGAGAAAUCUGAUGAAGAUGGGGACAACGAUGACAUGCUUGGGGGUGUAUUUUCCUUCUCUGAAGAAGGUUGAUUUGUACCUCUCGUACCAUGUCGUGCGAGCCUCAUUUCCGCAUCACAAUUUGCACUCUAAUCUUGUAGAAAGGUUCCGAUCAGAGGUCAGCUAAAUGAAGGGUAUGGAUUUUAUUACUUGUAGAUAGCGCGGAAAGCCACUGACUAAUUGAUGGGGGAGAUACGACACCCAUUCCUUGUACAUCCCGGUGUUGCCAGCGCAAGCCUGCCCUGGUUUCUUCCAUCCUAAUUCUCAUGUAUAUAUGUUGUACAUUAAAAUUCAUGAUAAAAGUGAUUUGUGUGGACAGGUUCUUUCUAUGUUUGUGCAACAUUAUUUGUUAUUCAAAAGAAAAAUGAAAAUAAAGAUGAAAAUGAAAAAAGAGCUCAUUAUGCUGUUAUGUGCAUUCUUUAGUCUUGAUCAGGUUCUGCUGUUAUGUGCAUUCUUUUGUCUGGACAAAUACGUGUAUAUAUACAUAUAUAUAUAUAUAUAAUUGAAAUUUCGCCAACUUAUUA